AGUCACCGUCGUAAUGAAUUAAGCGUCUGGUCACGCCCGGGAGCACUGAGCAGUCCGGAUUCAUAUCGCAAGUACAUAUUCCAAAGGAAGGUGCCCACAAGAUAAUACCACAGCGAUGCCAUCCCGAUUGUCCAUUGUCAAGCUCCGUCCACGCAUCCUUCUAUCGCCUUUCCCCGCUCUUUCUAGAAACCUUCGCAGCACGAGCGCCGGAUUGCAUAUUCAGCCUAGCUCGCCCGCAACACCCGCCAUACGGAGAAGCAUGUCCUCCAGCACUGGCACCCGCACGCACCCCUCGCUCUCCAUCGUCUCCACGCAAAACGCCCCCGCCGCCAUCGGGCCCUACUCGCAGGGCAUCACGCUCGGCGACCUCGUCUUCGUCUCGGGGUGCGUCCCCUUCGACCCCCAGUCCGGCGCCGUCGUCCCCGGCGGGAUCGAGCCGCAGACGCGCCAGGCGCUCGCGAACCUCCGCGCCGUCGUGGAGGCUAGCGGGAGCGAGGUCGGGAAGAUAGUCAAGACCACGGUGUUCCUGAAGAGCAUGGACGACUUCGCCACCGUCAACGCGAUCUACGCCGACUUUUUCGGCGCGCACAAGCCCGCGCGCUCCUGCGUCGAGGUCGCGCGCCUCCCCAAGGACGUCCUCUUCGAGAUCGAGUGCAUCGCCAGGAGCCGCCUAUGCCAGGGUGUGCCCAAGAUGGUUACUGCGCGCAAUCAUUCCGCUCGAGCAUCGAUCGGGAUAUCCUCUGGUUCAAGCUGCCUUCUUUACUUCACGACAAUCGUCAAGAAGUGGUUACGCUACGUCCAGGCGCAGUCUGGCGGUUGGGAGGGAAAAGCUGCAAAGAGGGAGAACACCGCAUCAUAG